AUGCAAAGUUACAAGUGCUUCAGGAAAAAUGCACGCCUACCACAACAAUUUUCUUGUCAACAUGUUUCAACUUUAAACAAAAAAAAACGCCUCAUCAGUUGCGAAGAGGAGAAAAGAACCCGCAAAAUAGCAGAGCACCUUUACGCUACGUUCGUAGCUAGCAAUCACACUAAUCACAACUGUAAAAAAAACGCACAAAAUGAACCGAAUACGAGCUCCUUAGAAAGAAUCAUCUCCUCCUAUUUGUUACGUAAAAUAAAAAAAAUAAAAAAAGCGCACAACUCGACGGGUUCUGAAGUAGCUAAGGAGAGUACUCCCUUGGUCCGUGGGCUACCUGCAAGUGGAAGCAACACUGCUGCCGCACCGCAUUGUCUCCACCGUAGGUUUUACCACCCUCAGAGGUAUCUCCCAAAAAAUGGGUCAACCUUUAAGCGCAUGCAGCACCAUUUUAGCCACACACAUAGCAACCGAAGGGGAGGAAUUCCCCAGAAUAGUAGCCCCCCCCAUGCAGCCAACCGGAACACAACAGAUGGUAAAAAUGAAGAGCAUCGUGGGGAAGUUGUUCACCCCAGGAAAUACGCCAGCUGCAAUGGUGUGGUGCAUCCGGCGUAUUACCCCCUCCAAAGGGGGAUUACAAACAAGUGUCUACACCAAUAUGUUCCCCUGAAAUGGUUUGGAACGAACGUGGGGAAGGGGAAACAAGGGGAACAACCCUCUUCCGGGGAUAAAGCCGAGAAGGAGGGGAUCGAAUCUGAAUGGGGCACCUACAGGAACGAUCACACUACCAGUACCAGUUCCACCCGGGAACACCCAGACGCACCCCAGGAAGAAUACGAAAAGCUAAAAGUAAAAGAACUGGAGAAUAUAUUGAACAACCUCGAAAAAAUAAACGAAAACAAAAACAGCAAAAUAAAUAUCAACAUAAAAAUCUUAGUGUACGUUUUUAAAAAUUUUAUAUACAAAAAUAAAGAGUUGAAAAUGAAGAUUUUUUUUUCCUUCAUUUUUUUGCUAUGUUCCAAAAUAUCCAUUAUCUAUACGCCAAUUCUGUUAUCCUCCUUUAUUGAGAAUGUAAAUUUGGAAAAGAGUCUAAGUCCCCCCAUGGAUGGAUCGCUAUUAUCGAACAAUUCAAGUGUAAUGAUUCUUCUGGCCUAUGUCCUUUCACGUGUCCUAUCUUCAAGCUUAAACGAAUUGAGAAACAGCGUCUUCAACACGAUAAGUCAGAGAAUUUCUACCUAUGUGAGUAAAUUAUUUUUUUAUAAAAUUCACAACUUAAACCUGAGUUAUAUACUUUCCAAAAAGAAUGGAGAGCUGUCCUUCAUUUUUAAUAGGGGCUGUAAAAGCAUCACCAACCUGCUCAACGUGUUGGUAUUUCAAAUUAUUCCCAUAAUUAUCGAAUUUCUUUUAUAUCUCUACAUAUUAACGUACAAAAUACACUACAGCGUUUCCCUCGUUACCUGUUUUAAUAUGCUUCUUUACGUCGUCUUCACAACCCUAGUGACGAAAAGAAGAACCAUUAUUAGGAAAUUUAUGAACAAGUCAGAACAAAACACGUUUAAUAUUUUUUUAGAUUCAAUCCAAAAUGUCGAACAAGUAAAAUAUUACACAAACGAAAUGCACGAAUUAAAAAAAUUUAUAAAAGAACAAAAGAAAUAUGAAAGGGAAGCCAUCAAUGUGCAGAAAUCUUUAUCCCUCCUAAAUUUUGGGCAGCAAAUUAUCCUAAAUUUUAACCUUUUCCUGUGCCUUUACUUAACCUAUAUAAACAUCGCUAAUGAUGUUUUCCCCUUCAGUUACCUCAUCCUCGUGAACACACUUCUGUUUCAGCUAGCUAUGCCCCUGAACAUGUUUGGUACCAUCUACCGAGAAACAAAACUAAGCCUUGUCGACAUAGAAUGCAUGAUCAAAAUUCUUGUCAAAAAAAUUCAGUCGCCAGAUUAUUCCAGCAAAUUAGAAAUACAAACGGGAAACAUCAAAUUUGAAAACGUCUCGUUUAAGUACCCCCCCAUGGAGGAAAAUAAAGACGCGGAGCUUCGAACAAGUGGGGGAACCAACCAGGAUGAUAAACCUCCAAAAAGCAUAUCCAAAUUAUCUCGACUAUUUAAAACCGUGAGAGAUAAGUUUUUCUUCCCAAAAAAUUGGCUCAACCCAGGGAAGCAGGAACAGCCAAUUCCCCCCAUGAGCGACGAAAUAAAGAACAACCUAAAAAACGCACUUAGGGAGAACGUCCAAACGGGACCCCUCACCUCGACGAGUGAAUCUAAAAGCAACACCAAUCAAAAAGAAAAUAACUACAUCUUCCAAAAUUUCACCUGUAACAUUGAUGACGGAGAAAAGGUAGCCAUCAUAGGGAAAAGCGGACUGGGAAAAAGCACCCUCAUAAAAUUGCUACUCAAAUUUUACGAUAUAAACAGUGGAAAUAUAUACAUUGAUAAUAAGAAUAUCGAAAACAUUAAUCUGUAUACAUUGCGAAAAAACAUAAGUGUAGUUCCGCAAGACACCAUCCUUUUCAACAACACCAUUUCCUACAACAUAAAGUAUGGCAACUUUCAAUGCACAGAUAAACAAAUGAUUGAUGCUUGUGUACAGUCCGAAUUGCAUGAAAAAAUUCUACAAAUGGAUAAUCAGUAUGAUACUCUUGUUGGGGAAAGAGGUACCAAAUUAUCCAUUGGAGAGAAACAAAGAAUUUGCAUAGCUAGAUGCUUUUUAAAAAAUUCAAAAAUUAUCGUCCUUGAUGAACAUGCAAGCAAUUUGGACAAUGAAAAUAAAAAAUCCAUAGAAAAAGCGCUACAUAAAUUAUGCCUCGGAAAAACCACCUUUAUUAUUACACACGUGAUGGAAAAUCUGAGCACCAUGGAUAAAAUUAUUUUCUUCAGUGGGAAUAAUAUCCUCGUUGGAAAUCACAACGAGUUGAUGACUGCAAAUCCUUCCUACCGGGAGUUCUUUAACUCAAAGAAUAAUCAGCCGCUGUGA